AUGUAUAUGUAUGAUCCCAAGGAUAUAGGGGUGGGAAAUGACAUAACUGCCCUUGCACCUUAUUUCAGACUUGGCCUCGAUCUCACUCGGGCUCAGGAUGAGGAAGCGGAGAAGCCAUGGCAGAUUGACCAGGACCUUACCGAUGUUCAAAUCCCAAAAUAUCUGGAGACUCUAUUGGAGGACUUCGCUCUAGGUCUCGGUACUGGAGACUGUGACGCGAGAUUAAUUCGGCCUCGACUGAGUGCAAUCCUAAUGGCGUUGUUGGCCAAGGUCAUGAAGGAAACUUGCAUCAGUAGAGUUGAUGACGAAGAUCCAGCAACUGAAUCUGCGUCCAACUCUGAGCGCCCUUCAGUUGACUAUUCAACACCAUGCUGGAUAGUUGACCAGAAACUCAUUCUUCCACCUGUCACUGACUUUGUGACUGAUCCUGUGGAGAUUACUAUGCAUUUCAUUCUACUGUACGGUUGCCGCCCAAAUUUGGACACAAACGUCAUUGUGCUUAGGAAACAGACGAUCGUUCCCGAUGAGGGCUGGGGAGUUCUUGCAGCUAUGUCCGCUAUUCAUCGCCAGCGGAAAGAGGCAGGCGAUAACGGGGACAUUUACGGAAUCCAUACCGAUACCUAUACCUGGAAUUUCUUCCACCUGAACGAUAGCGGCAAGUAUUCAACCAAAUUGGAUUUGUCCUGGUACUUGGACCAAAAGGAGGUCAUCGGUCGCGUUUGCCAUAUAAUAAGAGAAGCUGCAACUCUCUCCCGAGAAGUAGGAGGUAGGGAUCCUAUGCUAGGCGUCUUUGAGCCAGAGGCGGAAGACAAAAGUGAUGACGAAAAGUCUGAUCAAUGGUCGCUCUACUAA